AUGCGCGGGAACGAGAUUUGCUUCGAGCCGCACCUCAAUUGGAUCAGCGUUCGGCUAACCUAUGAGGAGUGCUGCAGUGAAGAAGCCCAGAAAGGGGAGGGCGUGGAUUGCUUUGGAGUGCUCGGCGGCUUCUACAGUCGGAGCUUUUGCUGUGAACCUCCGAUCGCCGACGGCUGCGACUGGGAGGAGAUUCUGUCCGUGGUGGAAGCCUCUCAUGAGGUGGGAGAAGAGACCUUCAACAGGCUCGUUCACUUCCCAGUGAUGCUGCGUGAGUUCUGCUGCCUCGUUCCGGGCGAUCAGCACCAUCCCUGCUGGCACUUGUACCACUUCGAGCCCGACCUCCUUCCAAAGCCCUUCGUCCAGUGCUGCUUCCCUGUGCUGCGCCGCCUCCUCGGCACGGGCACCACGGGCUUGGCAGGCCCCGCGGGCCCGUGGGAGACGGAGCUGCAGCAGGAGUUCGGGGCGUUGCGGGGGAAGCGUUGGAGGUCUGAAGAGCUGCAGGUGGCCCAAAGUGAGUGGAAAGAUGGUGACAGGCCAUGCUUGCUGUCCAUCCGGAAUGGAUCUCGCAUCUUGCACCAUGGCCUGGAGGAGUGUUGCCCACGCGGGACUGAGGGGAACGACUGCUCCUAUGUUCGGGCAGUGGCCGAAGCGCUGUUCAUCGUCGGCUCUGUGAAGCCGUGGCCGGAGAUGGACUUGCUGGUGAGCCCCAGCAAUCAGGACCGCUUCCAGGCUCCGGUGCCCGUCUUCACGCGGCACCGAACGAGGAGCCGCAGUGGAUAUUUGUUGCUCCCCAUGGAGUGGCAGCUCUCUCCCACACAGUCCAGGAAGCAGAGUGUGGCGGCCCUGCGAAAGGCACCCAGCACCAGUUGGGAGAGGCGAAAAGGCCUCUUCUGGCGGGGCACGACCUCCAACUGCCUGAUGUCUUGCAGCCUCACCCUUGUUUCGGAGGGCCUUCAGCCAUGGGAGGAGUGCUUGCAGUCCUAUGACUGCCGGACGCCCUUGUCCUUCGAGAAUUUCUUGAAGACACCCAGGGGCCGCUUGGUCUUCCUCUCACAGUACAUGGAGCAGGUGGACGCCCGGUUCGUGGGGCAAUCGAACCCGGUCUCCGACGAGUUCUGGGACUUCUUAGUGGAGAACAACCUCACCGAUGAGCGGGCCAACCAAGCAGCAGCCGGAGCCCGCUAUGCCCUCAACAUGGACGGCACUGGCAGUGGCGACCGGAUCUACUGGCAGAUGCUGACAGGUAGUUUGGUGCUGGUCCAGCGCAGUCCCUGGGUCUCGUGGCUCGUGGGGAACGCGGACGCCGCGGACGCGUCGGCGUUGAGGGCCUACGAGCACUAUGUGCCGGUGCAGAUGGAUUUGUCUGAUUUGGCCAAACAGAUGCAAUGGCUGGAUGAGCAUGAAGAAGAGGCCCAGCGGAUCGUGGAGAAGAGCAAACGCUGGGCACAAGAAUUCUUGAGCUAUGACUGGAUCCUGUACUUCUUGGACCGCGCGGUUCGAAGAUAUGCAGAGUUCCACCUGGAGACGGCGCUCGCCCCGGUGUUGGAUGUGGUGAAUGCUAUCCCAUUUACCUGA